CCACUUGGUGACCUACGUUUCCUUCGACUGUGGCAUGACAACCGUGGGAGAGGGGAUAGUGCAUCAUGGUACUGCGAUUUCGUCUGCGUCAUCGAUCUGCAGACAAAAACUCGCUUCAACUUCAUUGUUGAAAAGUGGUUUGGUGUAGAUGAAGGCGAUGGUCUGGUUGAUCGUGUAAUUCCAGUCGCAGGACCAAUUGAUAGACUUCGAGUCUAUUAUAUAUUCUCGCACAAGGUGAAGAGUGAUGCAAGCGAUAACCACCUCUGGGCUUCGAUUUUCACACGUCCUGCUCACUCCCGAUUCACUCGUGUUGAAAGAGUCGCCUGCUGUCUUUUAAUUCUCUUCCUAACCAUGGUCUCAUCUUGCAUGUUUUACAGGAAUGAAGGGCCGGAAGUCGUUGAUUUCGAAUUCACGAUUGGGCCGUUUGCCCUUACACCCUAUGUGGCCUACACAGGAGCUGUAACGUGUCUCAUAACCUUUGUUCCUGUCACACUGAUCAUGCUACUCUUCAGGAACUCCAAGCUUCGGGUCAGUCAUACAACUCUGCUAAGGGGUGUUGUGGAAGAUCAUCUGGAUGAAGAAUUGGAAGAUGACGAUUGUGAGAAUACUAUUAGGGAAAAUGGACCGCAACUACAUCAUCCUGCCGGCAUUGACCAACCUCGACAGUCCUAUUCAGAAACACCGGAGUUGUUUGAGAAGGAAACAGAGGAAAAGGGUAAGGAAUCCUUGAAAAGCAAACUUGGAGACAUUUCUUUUCCUUGGGAAAUGCGUAUUCUCGCUUGGUUCCUCCUUAUUGGAGCCAUUGCAGCGUCGGUUGUCUUCACCACAUUCUACGGAAUCAGUUUUGGUGACGCUGCUUGCAAACAGUGGCUAUCUUCUCUCUUCGUUUCCUUCUUUAUGGACCUUUGCCUGACACAACCCAUUAAAGUGUGUCUCUUAACUACUUUACACCUAUUAGUAGACUGUAUUUAG